GUCACGCACUACUUUCAGUCGUCCGCCUGAUUUAUGUAUGAAUCGUUCGGACGGUGUGAUCGCGAGGGAAAAGGAGGCGUAAAUGAGCGAUAACGAACGGAACACCGAACCGUUUGCGCAAUUGCAGUUCUGGUUUAUAACACGCGCUCUUUGGGACAUAAUCCGCGGGAAAACGCAGAAGCGCGCGCGUGUUUGUUUGUUUUAGUCGUGACUACAUGAAUGUUUGAUUUCAGCACCAGCCCGAGGACAGCACGCGUUAGCAUGUGUUUUUACUAUAGUAAAACGGUGUAAACGGCAGUGUGUUGGAGAUCAGCGCGGAAUGGCAUCGCGGUGGAUCGCGUUCAUCGCUUUACUGUGGGAGUUCCAGUGCUGCGUGUGCCGUGAGGUCACUCUUCCGGCCGGGCCGCUGUACCGGGUCGCAGGUUUCUCGCUGUCCCUUCCCUGCGCCGUUUCUGGAUAUGAAGGACCGCGGACGCAGGAUUUUGAGUGGUAUCUGUACCGGGAGGAUGCUGAGGGUCGGCAGAUUGGUGUGGUGUCCACACGGGACGCGGGCUUUCCGUAUGCGCCGUUCCAGGGUCGCGUGCAGGCCGGCGAGGUUCGAGUCGAGAGGGAUUCGGGCGACAAAGCCAGACUGAUCAUCCAGAGGCUCCGUUCAGACGAUCAGGGCCGUUACGAGUGUUACACGCCCAGCACUGACUCCCGCUUCCUAGGGAACUACAGCUCAUCGGUGGUGGUCAAAGUGAUUCCCGACACGCUGCUCAUAACACACUCUCGCAUUCUGAGCGGUCAACCUGUUAUCGAAGGCACGGAGCUUCAGCUGACGUGCGCCGCGUCUGUCCAAUCGGAUCAGCACACUCACGUGUCCGUCACGUUCGGCGUGCGCAGCAGCAGGGGCCCGGAGUCUCUGGGUCACAACCUCAGAGAGAUCAUCGCCGUCGACCGCGAGCUGCGCGUGACGCCGGGCCACAGCGGCACCUACGGGACGAGAUACCGGGACGGAGAGAUCGCUGUGGAGAAGCGGAAGGGUGACGGAGGCCGGGAUCUGUACGUGCUGAAGAUGAGCGCUUUGGCACCGGAGGAUUCUGGGUCAUAUUUCUGCGAGGCUGCGCAGUGGAUCAGAGAUCCGGAUGGCAAAUGGGAACGCAUCGCACAGAGGACCAUGGAGCUCGGGAAUCUCACCGUUCAACCGCUUGCGGAGACACUGAUUGUGCGCUCUGUCCCGGAGGGUGGCGUCUCUCUGCGGCCCGGCGCGCCGCUCCGCCUCAGCUGUCAGGUGUCAGGUGUGGGUGCGUGGAAGCGCUCGGCGCUGCAGGUGCAGUGGAUGCGGCGCGGGCCGGCGGGCGGCGUGGAGGUGGAGGUGGCUCGCGUGGAUCCCGACGGCGUGGUGGCCUGGGGCGAUGAUCUCAGCCGGGCAGGAGGAGGCAGCAUGGAGAAGGAGGCCGACGGGAUCUUCUCUCUGGGCCUGUUCUCUGUUCGCCCCGCUGACGCCGGACUCUACCGCUGCGCCGUGAGCGUCUACGCCGGGAGGAAAACACCAGCACCGGAGAGUCCAGCCACGAUCACACAGAGAUCAGAGUGGGUCACCGUCAGCCUGAAGACUGAAGAGGUGCGUGUAUCUGCUAGCAUUGAUUUGCCGCGCCGGCCGCUCCUGAAGCGCGGCAGCACCGUCACCCUGCUCUGCCACGUCUCUGUGGAAGCCAGCGGAGCUUCACGAGUCGAGGUCCAGUGGCUUCAGAAACCGGAGGAGCCGGCGAGGAAAGACGCCACGCUUUCUGAGGACAGCAAAGGCCGCCUCCUGGCGACUCUGACCCACGACGGCCUGACGCUCAUCUACAGCAACGGCAGCGACAUGAGCGUGGACCGCGUGUCCGCCGGCUGCUUCAGGCUGAGGAUCUUCUCGGCCGCUGAGGAGGAUCAGGGACACUAUCAGUGUCGAGCCGAGGUCUGGGCGCAGGAUCCGCGCGGCGGAUGGUACAGCACCGGCACUGAAGCCCAGUCAGUGACCGCACACCUGUACCUGUACGCACGAGUCACUGAUCUGCUGCUCUUACCUCUCGUGAUCGGCGUGUCGUCGGCGCUGUUCGUGGGCAUAUUGAUUAUCGCCACUGUGACGUGCUGCUUCAUGAACAGACUGGCUAGACAGCGCUCCCGCAUACGGAAGUAGGAAGUAUGAGAGAGACUCUCAUGGAAAAACAUUCAAUGACUUGAAUGGAGCAAAGAAAAACGGGUUUUAAACAGGUUUAAGGUAUUUUGGCAGUCUUGACAUAAUGUGCACUCACAAUUGGGAAGGAAAUCAGAACGAUACUGACACGUAACGGAUCAUCACAUUUUAUUAAUCCAUAUGUGGAUGCUAACAGUUGCAUAUACACACAUGCAUGUAGAUUCACUUCAAGCUGUGACAUUGUGAUUUGCACUGUUUCUAUUCAUUCCACUUUGACGAAGUUGAAUAUUAAUUUCUCUGUGCGGUUGCUCAGAAUGAAUGAAAGGACGUCUGGACUAGAGUCUCAAUGCAGGUAUGUUUUCGAGAACCACUAAUAAUAAAUCCACUGAAUUAUGAGCACGUUUCAUAGCAGUGUAAGAUCAACAGAAUACUUGUUAGUAUAAAACACUUUACGGCAUGCCAUAUUUUUUCACCUUUUCAUGUUUUGUAAUGGAAUGAAAUGCAUUGAAUAUCCUGAGCAGUUCCAGUGAAUUGGGAGCGAAUCCCUCUCUAGUGCACAUUUGUUUAUCAGUGACGUGUUCAUAAAGUUAGUUCGUUGUUAUGUUCUGCAUUGUAUAUGGUGAAUUUCACAAUGAAAUGUCUGGGUCAGAUUUUACCCCAAAAUCUAAAGGAAAAAUUUUUUCUUUUGCAUCUGUGCAUUUUUUGUUUGUUUGCUUGUUUUUUAGUUUUCAUAAUACUUUCAUGAAAAUCAAGCUGUUUACAACCUAAUUAAGUUUACAACCUAAAUGGACAUUGUGGGAUGUUUGGCAUAAAUUCAGUACAUCAAAUACUAAAAUACUGUAGUAAUUGUUGUACUAAUUGUACUUAAAAUAUCUAAUAAUAUAUUAUUUAAUAUAAUUUGUAAUUAAAAAGCAUUGAAAAUUAGAUUUUGAAUUUCACAAAGAAAUGUUUGGGUCAUAUUUUAUCCCAAAAUCUAAAGAAUAAAAUGCUUUUUACAUUUUUAUUUUUUUUUUUAUUUUUUAUGGGCAUAUCCCACAUAAUAUUUUUACUAAGCAAAUUUACAACCCAAAUUUUCAUUUCUAUAAUGCAUUCUGUCUGGACAUUGUAUAUUGUCAUAAAUUCAGUACAGCAAAUAAUUGUUGUACUAAUUGUACAUAAAAUAAUCAACCAAUAUAUUAUUUUUAUAACUGAAAAAAUAGUAUUGAGAAAAUUGCUUUUUUGCAUUACACUAAUGAAAAUUGUGGGUGAAAAAAAAAAAAAAAAAAGUUUAAAUAUUAUGGGAAAUGCAGAAAGGCAUCAAAAGACCCCACCGUUUUUAUAUUUUAGGGUCAAAUACGCCCCAGACAUUUCUUGCUGGGUUUGUCAGAUUCAUCUGAAUACAUUAAAUAUGAUAAAUAUAUAUAUGAAUAUGAAUAUUAAGUGAUCAGAACCACUGAGUGAGAAGGUCUGAAUAAGCUACGAGGAGUUAGGCAGUUAAGCAUAUUUCCUAAAUGAUACCUAGAGAAUCAGACAACCACUUUACCUUAAAAAGACACAGAAGUGAGAAGAGAGAAGUUCAUAUAAAGAUAAAUGAAGUUGCUCACAUAAACACGACUGGAGCUUUGAGUCCAGAGUCUACUUGAAAUGCUGUUUAUUAAUAACGUUUGCCAGGAUUUCCCACUGCACUUACAGGACCAGAGUGGGACAUGGACCAAAUCUUGUAUGUUUGUAAAUCAUCCCAAUGUUAAAACCUGUUUGGCGGUUUUAUACUGUAAUUUUACUGUUUUGUGCAUCUGGGUCAUUCCACAAAACAGGUGCCUUUGUGUCCCUCAUUAACAUGUAAAUAAUGACUCCAGCAAUGAGUUUGUGUUUCCAGGUUAAAAUAUUGUGCUGUUCUCUGCCAAGGACCAGCAUAUGUCUCCUCUUUAAUCAAUAUUUUAUAUUUUGAUAGCUUUCUUGGAAAGAUACGAUCUAACAUGCUCAAACCUGUGACUCUUUUUUUUUUUUCUUUUUUUUUUUUUUAAAUAUAUAUAUAUAUAAUGAAUUAUUUUUGAAAAAUUGACAUUUUAGCAAUCUCAUCCACUUAUCCUGUUGUGCCACAGUUACAUUUCACCAUUUAUUAAUAUUUAUUCAUUUAGCUUGAGAUAAUGUAAUGCAAUUAACACACUCUUUGUUUAAUUUGCUGCUUUUUUAAAUGGAAAGCAGCCGUUUCAUAGAAUGACCCGUCUGAUAAAGUAGUGUUUUGUGAAGAAAUGGAUGAUAGAUGUACUGUUAUUACUGAUUCAUUUUCUCCUAUGCAUUCACCAGAAUAUGGGUUAGAUAAAUGGACUUGAAUCAUUGCGAUUGUGAUGUGUUAGCGCAGAUUGUUCUGCAGUCGCUCUCUGGGAUUGUACUAAUGUGAAAGCCACAUUAACAUGGAGAAAAGGGAUUCUGUGUUUCUCUACUUAUUUACAGUGUUCUGAGAUCUGAUUUAUCCUCUUACGCCACGUGACUAAACGCUGAGAGCUGAAUAUUCUCUGGAUAUUAAUCCUCUUGUUUAUGGUCUGAAACCUCUCAUCACGACAUUCGUGCAGUUUUUCGGUUUCAGACAGCUAUCUUGUUCUCUUUCAUCAUUUUAAUUGCAGCGUUUAUGCCAGAGGUGCACAAACUUUUUAAAACAAAGGGCCAAAAAUCAAAUUUGAUUAAGGACUGUGGGUGAAAAUUCCAAAUAUAUUGUAUUCAAUUUUAUUCAAUUUUAUAGAAUUAUUUUGUUAAUAUUUUUAAUCAAAUUGGUUUAUAUUGUUUGUUUGUUUUUAUUUCAAUGCAAAAGUAAAACAAAAAUCUGUGUGUAUAAGAAAUGUUUAAUCAAAUUGGCUUAAUUUUUUUUUUUUUUUUUUUUUUUUUCAAUGCAAAAGUAAAACAAGUGUUUUUUUUUUGUUUGUUUUUUUUAUCAAAUUGGUUUAUAUUGUUUUUGUUUGUUUUUUUUCAAUGCAAAAGUAAAACAAAAGUUUUUUUUUUUUUUUAAUCAAAUUGGCUUAUAUUGUUUUUUUAAUUACAAUGCAAAAAAAAAAAAAAAUGUUAAAGCUCAAAUAUAAAUUACAAAUCAAGAUAUACUUCAAUGGCUUGUUUUUUCCCCUCCUCUUCAGAUGUGGCAUGGCCAAAUCAAAGGCCCUGGUUUGGGCAUCUCUGGUUUACGCUGUGAUAAAAUGCUCAAAGAAUUGUAUGUUGUCAAUCCUGCCUAACAAGACGACAAAAAACUCUGAUUGUUUGAAUUUGGCUCAGAGUUGUAGAUUGGGAAUAAAUUAACAAGACUGGAAGCUCUCGCGCUCAGACACCAACAUUUGUUGUCUUACCUUUUCAUGUGCAUUAUAUAAUAUGCAGUAAUGCGGUUUUGUAACACUGUAUGUUCUUGCGUUUGCCAGGUUUUGUAGUCAGUGGUUUUGUUGUCUGCUUUUAUUUUGUGUUGAUGGUGCUUGAGGUUCCUGAAUAAAACACGUCCUGAUAUGA